ACUGAAUCACCUGAGCGUCUUUGCCGGUGGCCAGAAGUCUUCAUUGUUCCAACAUUCUCAUAUGAGGUAGAGUACUCUCUGAGAGAAGGCAACUCUGUAUUUGAGAGAGAAGGGAAAUGUCUCCGAUUGACCAGAGAUCAAAAACACAACAUACUUGAUGUCAUGGCAGCUGAAAUAUACAAGCACAAAGCUUAUCCUAGUACCUCACAGAUUGGCAAGGCUGCAGAGGCUUUAGUCAGGAAACACCCCUGUCUCAAAGAACAAGGUUCCAAAACUGGGUGUGAGGGUUGGAAGAACAGCCUUCGCUUUAAGAUGGGCAACUACAGGACCAAACUUUGCAGGGCUGGUAUAAAAGAUGUGGCUGUAAAUGCAGGCAAGCGUAGCAGGACAAACCCAGAUGGCACACCUUCCAGGGCAAACAUCAAAAGACCAAGAAGAGGAGAAGUGAACUUCCUUCCCAAUUAUCCCUCUGGUGAAACAAAGGACACACUGGAGAUAUUGAGGCUUAACAUGGUGGAGGAGUUCAAGAAGACUUCUGCUGAAAGAGACAUGCUUCUCAUCAACCAACAAAUGCAGCGUACCUUUUCACUAAGGCGGGAAGAAGUCAUCAAUUCUUCUCCUCCGAUUGCUGAACUAAGGGACAGAUGGCCUGCACUCUUUUGUGAAGCCCAGCUCUACUGCGAAUUCCAUCGGAUUACCAAUCAAAAUCUGCAGUUUUCCUUUUAUUCUGCGUUGGAUAAAUACACAUCACAGCUGCUGAAAUUGUACAAGAAGAAGACGACUGGGAGUUUUGGAGAUAAGCUGCAGGAGGUUGUGACAGCAUAUGAAGAACAGGACAAGAACAACAUCACUGCAGCCAGAACAGCAGCCCUUGCCGGCCUAACACUGUACCUGAAAGAGGAUUCGUCAGACAUAUUCAAGACUUGCACGGACGAGUUUGAGGUGUCCCAGGAGGAAGCUGUGGCUUUGGUGGCAGUGGUCGCUGAAGAUGAGGGACUGACAGGAGUUCCUUUUGACACACAGCAUGUGUCCGUCAUCCUGGAAGGCCAGGUUGUGAUGUCUACAAGAACAUGGACUGACUCACUUGUUGUUUUGUUUGGUUUGAUGUAUGCUCUACAUUUGAGCUAUCCUGAAAAGCUGAGUGGCUUCUUUGAGUUUAUCCAAGUUGUCCUCCUUAAUCUUGAUGAAGGCCGAAAGCAGCUCAAACCAAAGUUGCAGGCAUUGAGAAAUGAGCUAGAGUAAAUGAUCAGCAUCUUUGUUGUUUUUCAUGUUCCUGAUAAUUAGUUCCUUGAAAAGUAAAAAUCCUGUACACUAGGGUCAGUUGAGGUUCAGAGGGAUAGAAGCCUGGUGAUUUUUUUUUAAUAAAUUGGUCAUACAUAGCAAGAGUAGUGUGCAGGAUUUUUACUUUUCAAGCUAUUGUUUGUUGUCCUAUUCACAUCCCUCAUGUGAUAGUUGGAUGUGUUAACACCUUAACUUGCUGGAGUUGUGUCUCUGGAGGAGAGCGGAGGCUUCAGUGUAUCGGAUGUGCCUCCAAACAGCUGUUUGAUUCAGUAGAUGUUGCUCUUGAGGACCAGCAUUAAACUAAAACAAAGAGUCUCACAUUGUUCCUUUUAAAGGCUAUGUGUUUAGUUGCUGUUGAAAUUGGUAAGAUAUUGUGCCUGGUGUUUCUAGUGUUUUAUAUUACCAUAAAGAAAUGGCAUGUUUAAAAAGAAAAACAGAAGUAAACCUGUGUAAAUGACCACUUGAAAUGAACAUUGAAAUGUUUUGUAGUUAUUGAUGUUCAGCAUUCAGCUUAAUAAACGAUUUAAGUUGGAUCAGACA